AUGGCCAAGCUAAUCAAGACCGAGCCGGACAAAGACGAUUUUUUACAGUAUGAAGAAGAGCCGAUGGAUACAGUAAUGACCGACAUUCUACCAUGGCCGUUACGAGAAGCCGAAGAGUAUAUUGAUGUAGAGAACAUGGGAGAUGAUAUGUUAUACGAUCAUCCCACUCACAUUAUCAUAUACGAGCAUGAGAAUGAUCCUAUCAGCUUUGAUGCGCCUGUUGUGCCGAAUCGGACAUUAUACUUGCAGGUAUGGUUGUUUUGGGUGGAGUGUUUUGAGUUUAGAAAGGUUUUUUGGGGUUUAGACAUAUUUAGUAAAAGAUACUAUAUAAAGUACUAUAACGGCACGGAAUACUAUAUAUAGUGUUACAUAUAAUGGUACAAAACAUCUAAAACAAAUUCAAAUUUCAGAGAAACCGCCAAAAACGAAAAUCCUCAGUAGACGAAUUUACCGAAUACACCAUCGAACCAGUCCACUACUCAUCGACAGGGCCUUCAACAUCAGCCUCAUCCAGCAAUACAUCAACCACAUCGAAGAUGCUAAACCCAUACGAUGAUGACAUUUACAUUGACACAACCCAACUGGCCAAGGAUAUCACUACUGAGCUGAAGCAUCGCUGUAUUCCUCAAACCGUAUUUGCCGAAAAAGUCAUCGACCGGUCGCAAGGCACCCUCUCUGACCUUUUACGUAACCCAAAGCCGUGGGAAGAACUGAAAGCUGGCCGAGACACUUAUCGUCGUAUGUUUUCAUGGCUCAACCUGCCAUUGGGUCAGCGGUUGGCUACUGUGGGAAUGAGCGAAGGUAAGACAUGUUGUAGAAGAAAUGUUAUGGCAUGUACGUACAUUGUAUGUUGCUUCAAAAAAUUUUGAAAAAAACUAAAAAUUUUUUAACAUUUAAAAAAAUUUUAAAAAAAAAUAUUAAAAUUAAAUUUUAAAAAAUAAAGUUGCAUUUUUUAAAUCUUGCUUUUCAAAUCAUUUUUUCACAAAUUCAGUUUUAAGCAGCUAUAAGACUUUUUAAUCAUAUUAAUGUCUUAACUUGUAAAUCUAAAAAUUAUCUAAAAUUAUGCUCAGAGACACCUUCUUUAUACUUAUUUUACUCUCUUUCACCUACAAUAUUCCUCCCAAAAAAAAGGAACAGAGAGAAGAAAAGCUUUAAAAAUUUAAUUUUUUUAAAAUUUUUUUAAAUUUUUAACAUUUUUUUAAACCCAAAAACGCCUCUUUCAACCCUAUUUUACCCCUUUCACCCCAAUAAUUUCCUCCAAAGGAAAGGAAAGAAAACGAAAGAGAGUCAAACGUGUACGCCCAUAGCCCGUUGAACGCACGCCAUCCCGUCCGAUCUGGCAAGUUAAGCAACGGUGCGCUUGAUUAGUACUUGGAUCGGAGACGUCCUUGGAAUCUCAAGUGGCGUACGCAUUUUUGUCGUUUUAUGGCACUUUGUGGUACUAUUUUUUAGUUUGGGGGUAGAAAAGGGUUGUUUUAUAUUGUUUUAGGGGUUUUUUUGGGUUUGGAAUUUGCUUUUUUUUGGGUAAAAUACGAAGAUUUAUUUUAUAUUAUCUAAGUUUUUGGUACUAUUUUUGAGUUUGGAAGUAAUAACUGGUUGUACUAUAUUGUUUUAAAAAGUUUUUGAAUCUUUCAUACGUAGGUAAAAUACGAUGGCUUUGUUUGUGUUAAUUUUAUAUUGUUUUAGAGACUGUUGGGUAUUAAAUUUAAUAGUUCACUUUCCAGCCUCAUCAGCAAAAGCCAAGGCCUCAAAGUACUCAUCCAAUGAUGCUGGGCGGAAACCUCGUGCUGUGAUUCCGAAGAAGUCUCGCUUUGUCUUCACAGAGAUUCAAAAACGCACAUUGCAUGCCAUUUUCCGUGAAACCCAGCGGCCAAGUCGAGAAAUGCAACAUACGAUUGCACAACACUUGUCAUUGGAGACUACUACGGUCAGUAACUUCUUUAUGAAUGCGCGACGACGGCAGAAGUAUCAGCCGGAUUGGGCGCGAAAAAUGGGAUUUGAAAGUGAGGAUGAGGUGGUGAAGAUCAAGUUGGACAGUAAUGAUGAGGAAGAGGAGUGA